GCCUGGCAACUCGAUAGCAUCAAAAUGGCUGACAUUUAAAGACAAGCCUACGUGUUGUUGUUUUUUAAGUAAACAAACACAGUAGUGUUUUUGUAAUACACUUUGUAAAAAGUGAGUUUGUUUGAAACAGGUUCUAUAUUUUAAUGCAUGCCAUGACUGAUGAUUGUUGAGAUGCAGGUUCAAGAUACCAUUACAAGUUUUAAUUUACUAUUUUGACAAUAUUAAGAUCUUAGAAAGCUAUAUAGAAAUGUCUACCGCCACUACCCCAGUCAAUUCAAGUGUUACGCUUGACCCAGCCACCAGCUCAAGUUCUCCCAAGCCUACAGAAUCCCAGAUCAGCCGACCACCUCAGAUGGAAGGCAAACUGGAAAACAGAUUGACAAUCAAAGACCUUGAGAGACUUAAAAGCUCAUUUAUGAUCCAGGGUGAUGGGUACGACAACAAACUGAGCCUCAACAAAGAACAGUUCUGCGAGGCGCUCUCACUUUUACUUAAGAAAGGCACAAGAGAAGAGUACGCUGAGCUGUUUGAUAAGAUUGAUGUGACAAGGGAAGGAACUGUAGACUGGGACAGUAUUGCCUCCCUUAUGUUGCUGGAAUUGUAUGAGAGAGAUGACAGGGUAAAGUCUACACAGGUCCCGCAGUGGAAGGACAUCAGGAUGUUACCCAGUCCUCAUAAAGAUACUGUACAGAAAUUUGCUUACAUGAAGAACACAAACAGAUACAUAGCCAUUAGCAAGGAGGGGUGUGUCUCCAUGUGGGGGGCGGACCUGAAACCCCAGAGGUCACUCAAGACGGGAACAGACGCCUGUAGGUCAAGGGACAUCUGGGUCACCCACUUCGUCCCGCUACAGAAUGUCAACAAGAUCGCACUGGCUUUUACCAGCAAAGAGAUAGCUAUUUAUGACCUUAGCAGUAAACUAGAGUUCAGCUGCCAGUUCAAAGUUCAAGGUCUUAACUACACUCCAUUGUGCUUGGACUACUGGUACAGCCCAAACAAUGUCAAUGAUGCCACUUUGGUGUGGGGAGAUGUCGGAGGCUUCGUGAACAUUCUGUUUUUCAACUCUGUCAGCAUCGCGUUGUUUGAGAGACCUCCUGCUCCCCCUGGGGAGAAACAAGAGCCUUGCUUGAAUAUUCAGCUGAAAGACAUUGCCAGUGGGAAAUACAAAAAUGCAACCUUUGCCAAGUAUGAAGCUCACAAUGAGAAUAAUAAAGGAGAGUGGGUCAGGGGAGUUCAAUACUCCCACUACCUAGAGUGCUUCAUCUCUUGUGCCACCACCACCAGCAACGCCAUGGUCAUUGGUUGGAUGGUUAAACACACCAGCAUUAGCCCCAAUGUCAAGGCUGUUAAGGGAGGGCAGCAACAGAAAAAAGAAAUACAGAAAAAGUCAGAGUUCAAUAUAUCUCAAGGGAUCAAUGCAUUUAGUUACAGUGAAACAUUAAAUCUGAUUGCUACUGCAGGGGUCAACAACCACGUCUGUCUGUGGAACCCCUACGUCACCUCCAAGCCAAACGGGGUGUUGCGAGGUCACAUGGCCUGUGUGACCCAGGUCCAGUUCAUGACAGUCAGGAACCAGCUCAUCUCCUUCUCUAAGGACAAAGUGCUCCGGAUCUGGGAUGUCCAGCUCCAGGUCUGCAUACAGCGUCUGGCUGGCAUGUUCCCUAAAGGACCUGAAGUGACCAGUGUCCUGCUGUUUGACGACAGCAAGGACCGUAACGGCCAGGAGCGCAACAGGCUGUUCACCACAUUUGGUCAGCAGAUCACCGUGAUGGAGAUGAAGGUAGAGGUCAAGGACAGAGUCUGUAGCCACGAGAAGCCAGUGGUGGCCGCCAUUUACAACUCCCUGUACAACCAGGUGGUGAGCCUGUGUCAGGGUGGGACAAUCAUCAUGUGGCUGGCAGACACAGGUCAAAAGGUCAAGCAGUUUAACAACGCCCACGGCAACUCGGAGGUGACCUGCCUGACACAGGACCAGACAGAGACAAGGCUUUACACAGGCAGCACUGAUGGAACUGUCAAGGUGUGGGACUUCAAUGGUCACUGCUACCAUAUGUUGGAGUGUGCUGGGGGUCAGCCAGCAGACGUCAGCCAAGUUUUGGUCUUAAAGAGGAGUCUAGUGGCCGUAGGCUGGGCUAAAACACUGGCUAUAUUUAGGAACAGUGCAUUUAAAGAGUUUCAUGUUCAGCCAGCUGAUUGGAAAGGUGGACAGGAGCAUGCAGAAGACAUUUUGUGCUGCGCUUUCUCUGGGCCAACAACCCUGGCCACUGGCUCGUACGAUGGGGAGGUCAUCAUAUGGAACACUAACUCGGAGCACGCCUCACGACACUGUGCCCAGCGUUCUAGACGCGGGCUCAAAUCUCGGGGCAGAACUUUUGUCAAGUCUCCUUUGUUAGAGGAGAACACUCUUAUGGAACGCUCCAUUUCCAACCUCCCUGAGCUGAGGAAAAAGUCGACCUUUGGCCCUGCGGACAGACUGAAGCCCCCCUCGUCACUGGGCAGACGAUCUGUCACCAGACUGUCAAUCAGCCCAGGGGGGACGGAGGAACAUAAUGAGUUUGGUUGGGCUGUUGUUCGUCUGAUAUUCCUGGAGAACCGUCAGGGCCACAGUGCAAGUGGCGCCGCCAAUCUUGUAUCCUGUGGUGGCAAUGGGUGGGUCAGGUUCUGGAAUUCAGCCAAAGCCUUCCUGGUGGCGGAGUUUGUGGCUCACCAGAAUGUUGGAGGUAUCAUCAUGGCUACUGAUGCCAAAAACCGUUACAUAGCAACAGCAGACGUGGAUGGUUUUGUUAAAGUCUGGGAGAUUCAGGAGUACGCACUGGGUCAUGUGACUGAAACUGUCACAGAACCACCUCCCAUGAAGUCCCUGUUCCAGCCCCACCAAGACCAGAUCAACACACUGGAGAUGUUUGAGAGGAAUGAGAGGCUCCUCAUUAUCUCUGCUUCCUCUGACUGCAGUGUUGCAUUGUGGGAUAUCUAUGGCAACAGGAUUGGUAUCUUUGGUCAGGAAGAGCAUUGGAAGAUAGAACCUUAUCACCCAAAGCAGGAAACAGAUGAAAAAGAAAAAAAUGAGAAAAAUGGUGAAGAGAAACAUGUGCAGGUGGUGGAGAGUAACCUUGACCCUGACUGGGUGCCUGAUGCUGCUGCCAUCACAGAACCUGCCAAAUACAGGGUCAAUACGUGGGGGACAACUGUGUUAGGUAAAGACUACCAGGAACUCAGGAAACAAAAACGUGAGCGUCGUCAGCCAGGAACCAUCCCUGACCUGCCGUACCUUCAUUGGGAGAAAACAGGGGCCGCACCAUCUGGGCCCUACUCUGCUCUGGACACUAAAGAGUUAAACCCUAUACAAGUCAUUGUCAAACCUGACCCAGAAAAAUACUUCAUCCAAAGAACAGAUAACUCCAGCAAAAAACUUCCGCUCCUAGCAGAUACUUUAAUCACCGCCUUUGAUGAGAAGUCAUUAUUUCCCAGCUACAUCCUGGAGUAUGAGAGGAGGAUGAAGAGUGAGCAUUCCGCCAUGCUCAACAAGAGCCAGUCCAAAGGUAAAAUUGUGCAUGCCAGUCUGCCCAACUUUGCGCUGGGUGGUGGACCAACAAAGACACCAAUGUCAGCCAGGAAACAGGUUACAAGUGGCGGAUCUGUCAAGGUCAAGUUAAAACCUAUCACAGCCUCACGCAGUAGCUCCUUGUCUACAUCCUACGUGGGCGAGUGACCUGCGCUCAUUGGGUUGGUUUAAUUACUAUCAGCCAGUAGUGGAGUUAAUUUGUUGGUUGUUUGUCGGUUAAUAUGUUGGCUUUUUCCAAACAAUUGCUAUAUUUCUAAUGGCAAUAUAGAUGAAUAUAUUUAACGUAUCUGCAUGUCUACAUAAAAUGUAUCUUACUCAUGAGAAGAGCAUUUAAGAAAUCCUUGCUUUUAUAAAAUCCUAACCUCAUGAGUUAUCUUUCCUUCAAAUUUAGUUUGUGUAUAUUUAAAAUUAAGGCUGCGCUUGGAGAUUUUUAGCGAUGUUUUGUGAUACCUUACAAGUGUUUGUAAUAUUUUAUGUUUUUAAUGUGUUAUCUUAUGUUACUUAACUGGAGAGGGUCAACAUGGUCCAUUAGGUCAGCAGUGGGUCUUUAGUAGGUCAACAUGGUCCAUUAGGUCAGCAGUGGGUGUUUAGUAGGUCAACAUGGUCCAUUAGGUCAGCAGUGGGUCUUUAGUAGGUCAACAUGGUCCAUUAGGUCAGCAGUGGGUGUUUAGUAGGUCAACAUGGUCCAUUAGGUCAGCAGUGGGUCUUUAGUAGGUCAACAUGGUCCAUUAGGUCAACAUGUUCCUUAACAAUUGAGAAAGAUGCUUCUUCUUGUGGUUGUUGUUUUAAUAAACUUAACUUUCAAUAUUUUUAUAUUACUUGAAUGAAAAAUCUCAAUUGGUUUUUUGUUUAAUGUUAUUUUGUAUAAUUAGAUAUUUGCUAUUCAUCAAGAACACAAAAUGUAAAGUCAUCAGCCUUUAUAAUGAAGUCAGUGUAUAAAUUAUAAAUAUUUGUUUUUGUGUACAAAUAAUUUUUGCUAAUCAGUUUGUAAAUUGCUUUGAUCUGUGAUAUAAAGUUUACAAGGUAUUGGGUUUUAUAAAA